AUGGAAACUAAAGCAGAAGCUCGAGACGAAAACAUGCUACUUUGUCUAUCGGAACAUCUUGCCUCUCUUGUUGCGCGACGGUUCGCCGCCGCAAAGAAAGCCGGAUCGCUUGUCUUCUCGCAAACAGAGUUUCAACUCAGAUACUGCCCCGCGUUGGCAGUAAAACCGACAAACAACUCUCCUCAGCCAGUCAGUACAGGCGCCGAUGAUACGAAACCAAAGAAGAUAGAUCCUUUCGAAAACCCACAUAUAGACCUUCUAGUUGCCCAAAUACCAGCCUCAGAUCCCACUCAUAUCCUUGUUCUAAACAAGUUUCCCGUUAUUGCCAACCAUUUCAUCCUUGCAACGAAAGCCUUCAAACCACAAACACAUCUCCUGGAAGCAGGCGAUCUCCAUGCGGCAUUUACAUGUCUUAAGGAGUGGGAGAAACCGGCAAAUGGCCAGCAUGGGGAGGAGGACUCACAGGCAGUAGAGCAGCAGAAACGUCUCUUCGCCUUCUUCAACUCUGGCGAGCAUAGUGGUGCUAGCCAGCCCCAUCGACAUCUGCAAUUUCUCCCAAUAGAGGACAUGCGUCAAGUUGACGACGUAGCGAAUUGGGCGCCCUUAAUUGACGGGGAGGAUCCUGUCGAGCAGAAAAAUGCAUCGGGAUUGCCCCAGCAGCCGAAACUACCAUUUGUUACCUACACGGCGCAUUUAUCUCCAAAUCCGACCCCUGAUGAGCUUCAUAAAUCAUAUCUCUCUCUAUAUGCAAUGGCCGUAACUACUGCUGCUCAGCACUCGGAAUCACUGCUAAGUAAUAUCUCAGCCUCAAGAGCGCUGGGAACCCAGGGCGAAGCCGCUAUCAGCUAUAACUUGGCCAUGACAACCUCAAGAAUGAUGAUUUGCCCUCGUAGAAGUGAGCAUGCCUGGAUUCCACUCGAACCAGGAAUUAGAAAAGGUCUGGUUGAUGAGGGAUUGGUGAAACUCAACGGGACAAUACUGGCAGGCACUCUGAUGGUUAAGGCUGAAGCGGAAUGGAAUACCCUAAGACAACAGCCAUCAAUGCUAGAAAAGAUUCUCAGUGAUGUCGGGAUUCCAGCUUAA